AUGUCCGAUCGCUCACCUUCAACUUUGGACCCUUCCACCUCAGUCCACUCUCCCGGAAAAUCCAAAGAUGGAGGCUACUUCCAGUGUGGGUUCUGGCUUCGCGCGACCGUCAGUCCUCCGUCCUCUCCUCUGUCGUCGAGGCUUGUUCUCGAGCCCUCGAACCACUUUCGCUCCUCUGUCAAAAUGCUCACUUGCCAUCCCCUCGAAAUUAGUGAUCUAUUAAAGCGACACGCCACGGGUCAUGCCCAUGACCGCGACCGAAAGCGCAAAAGAAGCUCAUCCGUAUCCAAGCAGAGUCGUGUUUCUCAGGCAUGCAAGGCAUGCGCUUCCUCAAAAUUGAAAUGCGACGAAGACAAGCCCUGUCGAAGAUGCCGAGAGCGGCAAUUGCAUUGCGACUGGCAGGAGAUCAAUCCAGGUGUCUCGCCCGAACCUCUCCCGCAAAGCGCAGUGGCCAUCACGAGCACAGUCGGCGCGAUAAAUGCAACGCCCGGCGUUCACCACCCAGUGCCUGCCCCUCACUCCAUGGACAUGACUGCACCAGUGCCGUUUUCCCCUAUGCCGACUCCCAUGGAUGAGAACCCUCCGCGCCGAAGGGGUAGCACGGUACAUAUGACCCCUCACGGUUCCAUCUCAGAACCGCCCGUCUUUUCGCCCCAAAUGCACCGAGCGAAUGAGCAAAUCCCGAUUGAAUAUGGAGGUAAGAUCUGUCGGCCUCGGUUUUCCAUCAGCUCGACUGCUCCCCAUCAGAAAGAAAACUCGGCUGACUUUGAUUCGAUCCCUUUCUCCUUCUCGCUAGUAUCUCCAACUGAUCAGGAGAGCGGCAUCUUCAGCGUCGACGGCACUUUUUUCCCUAAUUUUAUUCCCGACUCUCUCAUUACCUCCCUCAGUCGAUACAACGACCCAUUUGAUCCUUCCAACUUCAUGCCCGAUUUUACACAUUAUGGGGCCAUGGAAAUUCCUGCCUUGGAUUUUAAUCUGACGGAUGGAGAUUUCGGGUUGAUCGACAUGUACAAUUCACGCAGCUUUCUCCCCGGAGUCCCCGAGCCAGACACACAAGAGCGAUUUGAUGCUGAUAGUGGAAUCGGUAUUGGCGCGGAAGCUUAUCAUCGGUCAUCACUGUCACAAUGGAAACCGGCGCAUGACGACCACGCGUUCAAUGAUCACGAAAAUCUUUCAGUACCACAGAAUAUUGACAGCCCGGAAGCAAAUGCCACCUUCAACCGACAAGUUCUAUGUGAUCGACUGUCCACAUCCAGUCGCGAUUUGAUAUUCGGCCUGGUUUUGGAGACGAGCCGAGAAGCCAAUCUCAGUCGCAUCAUGAAAUCGUUCCCCAGCACCGAGCUGCUCGAUGGCCUUAUCCAGCAAUACUUUGAGUAUCAGACCCACAGCGUGGCCUCUUUCAUUCACACCCCGACAUUUCAUCCCAAUAGCGAACACGCGAGUAUUUUGGCUGCAGUGGCGGCGGCGGCGGCCGUUCGCUCGCCAGUCCCCACUCUGCGUAAACUUGGAUAUGCGUUGAUGGAAAUCGUUCGGUUUUACUUGUCUGUCAAAUUCGAGAACGAUAACAGCACUACUCGUGACCUUCGAGCCUCACAGAUCUACGCAUUGAAUCUGGAUAUUGGGAUGUGGAGCGGGAAUCGGCGCAAGACCGAGAUUGCCGAGAGCUUUCUGCAACCACUUGUGACCAUGUUACGGCGUGCGCUCCGAUUCCGUCGUUCCCUCUACCCAAACAUCUUUCCUUGCGAGGAAGACACGGGUGCGGAACUGGAGCGGAAGUGGCGGACUUGGAUCGAGCAGGAAUCUUUCAAGCGGCUCGUUCAUCAUCUUUUCCUCCAUGACGCUCAAAGUUCGCUCACUCUCAACAUUAACCCAUUGAUCUCCUUUGCCGAUUUAGAAUUACCCCUGCCGGCAGUUCGAGCCCUCUGGGAGGCCAAAACGGCCACCGAAUGGAGGGACCUCUUCCGCGCCAUGACGCCUGAGCGCAUUCCCUCGCUCGCCGAUCUUCUCCGAGACAUGUCUCGGUUGACGCAAUUUCAAGAUCGCAUCGACGCCCCUCUCUCCGCAUUGGCUCUGCUUCAUGGACUCUCUGCCCUGAUCAAUGAAUAUCAUCGCGUGAAGUUCAUAGCCACGAAUAAUUCCAAGCACUGGCAUGCUCUCGUGACCAAUUCCCGCCAGCAAGAGCUUGAUCAGGCGCUGCAGCAUUUCCGCAUGGUGUGUUCCGAGUUGAAGAUACAAAGUCGACCCGCAAUUUCCCUGAUCUGUGAGGUGGUGUCGAUGCUUCUUCAUAUGUCACUCGAAGAACUGCAGCUCUUCGCGGGCAAGGAAGAUAAGCACGAAGCCCGCCGUGUCUACCAUUCUGCGCUGGAGUGGAUCGCCAGUCCUGAUUCCCGUCGAGCUGUCUGGCACGCGGGUCAGACUCUGCGAGCUGCGCGGCACAUGGCACCUGGGCUUUUAACCGGAUUUAUGGCCACGAGCGUAUACUACGCCGGACUAGCCCUGUGGUCUUACGCAGUAGUCUCGCGAGCCAACAACGCUCGGCUGACGGGGAGCCCUGAAUCCUCCGUUGCUGGCCAGGUCGGUCCCACCGUGCUUCUAGACGCAGAAGAAACGAGUGACGUGACCAAAUUCAUUACACUCGGGUGUGGAAUCCCGGCGAUCGAAGGACCGGGUGGACCGAUUGCGUUGACCGAUAUCGCCGGUACGAUGCAGAUGGUUCAACGAGUACUACGACCAGAUCCGUCCGAGCGAACACUGCCUCUUGUGCAGAGUCUUGCCCAACUGAUUGGUGAUCUGGGGCAUUGUGUCUCCGCUGGUGGAUCGUGA